AUUCUUGUCCUCCUUUUUUGUCCUGUUUUUUUUCUUCCUUUUUUUGUUUUUGUUUUUGCUGCUUUUUUAUUUUUUAACCUCUUUGUUUUCAUGGAUUUGAUCCUUUUUCUGAUGACAAGUUUUUUUUUUCUUAGCAUGCAAUGGUUUACUAAACUGAGAGCAAAAGGUGUUGCUGGAACUGGAAGUCACUGGGAAUCUAAAGAGGAAAAGAAAAGAGAGAGAGAGCGAAAGAGAAAUAGACUUGCCAGUCCAGCAAUAACAUGCAGGUGAAGCAGUGACUGUCCUGAAUCAGUGCUUGGAUGCAGUAAUGGACUUAAUGAGGGUGACUAAACUGAGACUCAAUCCAGACAAGACUGAAGUACUGUUGGUCAGUGGUUCCUCUGCCCGUGUGAAUGAUGUUCAGCUAAUGAUGUUCUAGAUGGGGUUGCACUCCCCCUGAAGGACCAGGGCUGAAGUCAAGUGAGCCAACCAUGACCGGCAAAACACAGACCAGUAAUGUCACCAAUAAGAAUGACCCCAAAUCCAUCAACUCCAGAGUCUUCAUUGGCAAUCUCAAUACAGCCAUUGUCAAAAAGGGCGACAUAGAGGCAAUCUUUGCAAAGUAUGGAAAAAUAGUCGGUUGCUCAGUGCACAAAGGUUACGCUUUUGUACAGUACAUGAGUGAGAGGCAUGCGAGAGCUGCAGUGGCAGGAGAGAAUGCCAGGAUCAUUGCGGGUCAACCACUUGACAUCAACAUGGCAGGAGAACCAAAACCAUACAGACCGAAGCCAGGAAACAAGAGGCCACUUUCAGCUCUCUACAGACUUGAAUCAAAGGAGCCUUUCCUAUCUGUCGGUGGUUAUGUCUUUGAUUACGAUUACUACAGAGAUGAUUUCUACAAUCGGUUGUUUGAUUACCAUAGCCGAGUCCCUGCACCGCCUCGUGCAGUGAUUCCAUUAAAACGCCCACGUGUAACAGUUACAGCAACUCGGCGUGGAAAAGGGGUCUUUUCCAUGAAAGGGGGGUCAAGAUCUGCAUCAAGUGGAACUUCUUCAUCAGGAUCAAAAUUGAAAUCAGAUGAAUUACAAACAAUCAAGAAGGAAUUAACUCAAAUCAAAACAAAAAUUGACUCUUUGCUAGGGAGACUGGAGAAGAUUGAAAAGCAGCAGAAGGCUGAAGCAGAAGCCCAAAAGAAACAAAUAGAAGACAGUGUAGAGUUGAUCCAAGAAGAAUGCAUAUCAGAGAAUGCAGACAACUCUACAGAAGAGCCCAUUGAAGGAGGGCUAGAUGUGGACGGUGAUGGAGAAGAGAUGACUGAUGGGAUAGAGGAGGAUUUUGAUGAGGAUGGAAGCAAUGAGUUGUUUCUACAGAUCAAAUGAAUUGAGAAUCACAUCUAGCCCCUCUGGAAACUGAGAAGAAAAUUCACUCACUUCCCCAUGGGGAAAUGUGAACUGCAGUUUCUUGCUGGCUACCAACACCUUUGACUCAAUUUUUAUGAGAAACUGAAUUUACUUCUUGAAAUGGACAUUACCAUUUGAAACUUAGAAAUUCCAUUUCUUAUAUGUUCUAAAGCUGUACAAUUGUCAGAUUUUUAUGUUUUAGAUUGUAAAUGUGUUUUUUCCUGGCUAAUUCUUGGUAUUAUUUUUUUAUUUUUAUGUCAGAAGGGCCAAUGAAUUGUAUGAUAAUUUGAAGGACCUAUUUAAAAUGAAGGAGACACUGUAUACAAAUGUAUAUUUGUAAAAGCUAUUUUUAUGAUUGGCAUGUUUUACGGUUCAUCAUAUUUAAAGUCAGGUGAUAUUGCACUUAAAUGUUUACAGCAUUGCAGAAAUAAGAUCAUCAAAGAUUUAUGAUCCAAUAUGCUGAAUAGAAUAUUAAUUAUUUUUAUUUAUUUAUUUAUUUUCAUGUUUUAAGUAAAAACAUUUAUUACUCGGGGUCAUAAUGAAAGGCAAAGUACUGUCCAUGGUUGAGAGGUGUGUUUUUUCUCCCAGUGAAUCAAUAGACUGGAACAGAUAUAAUUUGCAUAUAUCAGAUCCGUAUGCAAUACAUAUCCAAUUGCAACCAAUGGAGAAGCUAUUAAAGAUUUAAUUAUUCUGGACUGUACUCCCAGAUGUAACUAUUACUAAAUUGUUUCCCUAUUGUAAGUCCAUCUUAACUUCAUAUAAACAGACUCUGGGCAGCAUGGAUCAACACAAUCAGAAAAUCUGUGAAUACUUCAUUUUUUCAAUACUUGGCAAAGUGUUGCCGUAUUGAAAAGUUUACAGGAUAGUCAUUUUCAUAUCUAUGCUGUAAUCCACACUUUAUUGACUGCCAGUACAGUAUUGAGAAUUUUCAGUCGUAUUAUUGAGGUGUCAUGGUUGUGUUUGGCAACCCGAGCUAUGUAAGUGCCUCUUCAUAAGGUUAAACCUAUGUGAAGUAGCAGUCAUCUGAACUGUGGACUACUUAUCUAUUAAUCAGUUCAGUAUUAAAACUAACCCAAACAAUGUGGGUGCUACUUCACAGAAACUGCUAGCUCAGGGCUGCACAACUUCAGCCCCUCCCACAGUUAUUGAACUAGAACUUCCCUCAUCCCCAGCCACAGUGGCCAAUAUUCAGGGAUGAUGGGAGUUGUAGUCCAACAUCUGCAGGAGAGCUGAAGUUGUGAAACCCUGUGCUAGCUGAACAGAAAAGCAGUGCAGGUUCCUGAUGGCAUCCAUGCUGUCCCAAUAACAUGUGAAGAUUAUGCAUCAUGAUUUUCCACACUUAUUCCAUAAGACUGCCUCUGUCAUGAGCUCUCAAAAUGUCUCAAAAUGAGGCUUGAAACUAGGUGUUUGUUUUUUGUUUCUAAGACUGCAUAUCAGUUAAUUCUGUAGUUUCUAAAUAAACUCCUCUUCCCCCACAAAACAAAUCUGCUGAAUUUUCCUCAUAUGUCUACAGCAAUACCUAUUUCUGUAUAUAUGGUUGGUUCUUGUCCAGGGAAAGUGACAGCAGCUUGAUAGUUCUAAACAUAAAAGUGCACAGGUCAGUUUUGCUUCCGGUCACUUAGAACCAGCCUAGCUCUGUUAUGAUUCAUAGCAGACUAGAGGCGCCCAUUUCUAUAAAUGAAAUGCAUUUUUAAAACAGUCUUCAUAUCUAAGAGUAUUCCUGUGCAACUGAACAAUCAGGCUACUCUCUUAGGUCUUAAAAUCUUGCCCCUACUGUUUAGAAGCAAUAUCCUCUAACAUUAUUCCCUGAAAGCUGGCUUUCUCAUGGUUCAAAUAUGGAAUCAUUAUUUCCUGUGAGUCAUUGCUAAUGGCAUCCUACACACUCAAACAUUUUGUUUGAAUAACACACACUGACAUGUGUAUGACCCACAGCAAGGAGCACCUCUGCUUUUUGCUAAUCAGUCAUGCAUCUGAUUCAUACAAUUUGUACUUGUAUAAUUGGAAAACAGAAUAUCUGAAAAGCCAGUCUGACUACUCUAAGUUUGAAAAAGACAGUUGCCCAAUUCAACUUUGGGAAUAAUAAGUAGAGAUGCCACUUACUAAAGCCAGACAUUGGUCCAUCCAGCCUUCUCAACCUUGACUGGCAUCAGAUCACCAAUGCAUUACAUUAUUUCAACAGCUAGAGGGCAGGCUAAUUUCACUGGCUGACCUGAUAUGCAGCAUUAAAAUAAAAUAAAAUAAAAUAAAAAUAAUCAUGUGCUCUGAGCUCCUCGGAGAAAAAGCGGGAUAUAAAUGUAAAAAUAAAUUAAAUUAAAUUAUGGCUGUGUCCCGGGGCUUCUGUGGACUUAUAAAACAGCCCCAAUGCAGUUAACAUUGAGAGGAAACACAAGAAGUACUUCUGCAAUUCCCCCAUUGUAUUGAAUAGGGGAAACGGCAGAAGCACUGCUUAUGCUACUGCUGAUUCUUAGCAAGGCUGAGGCUGCUUUACAAAUAGUUUCCGGGCAGAAUACAAGGUUUUGGUUAUAACCUAUAAAGCCCUAAACAGCUUGGGCCCUGGGUAUUUAAGAGAACGUCUUCUUCACUAUGAACCACACCGCCCAUUGAGAUCAUCUGGAGAGGUUCGUCUGCAGUUGCCACCAGCUCUUCUGAUGGCUACUCAGGGACGGGCCUUCUCCAUUGCUGCCCUGAGGCUCUGGAACACACUUCCUGCUGAAAUAAGAGCCUCCCCAUCUCUUACAACUUUUAAAAGGGCAGUCAGGAUGCAUUUCUUCACCCAGGCUUUUAAUUAGAUACUAUUUUAAUUGUGUUUUAAUAGUUUUAACUUUUUAAUUUUAAUUGUUGAAAUGUUUUAAUAUUUUAUUGCCUGUUUUAUUGUUUUGUAAACGGCCCAAAGAACUUGCGUUUUGAGCAGUAUAGAAAUGUAUUAAAUAAAGAAACAAACUAAUAAAUAGGCAGCAGCCCUGGGACACAGUGUUACAGAGCCAUAUUGCCGUGCAUCAUAUUAGCCACAAUAAGCAAUUUCUUCCUAAACCAAUGCAGCUAUUAUGAAAAGGGAAAUAAGUUUGUCUGUUGGUAUGUACUUGAGGGUAUGAUUCAGUACCUUCCUUGCUACAGGCACUCUGGCCCACACAAGAAAACAGUACAGGCACUUCUGCAUACACAAGAAAACUGGAUCCAGAGAAGAGAUGACUACAAACCUCAGUUUGCGAUCAAAACAACAUUUUAUUUUUCUAUACUCUUUCAUUAAGAUUAAGCAGUAUUGUAACUGUUUGUCUGUGAUAAUUAACUUCCAGAAGGGAAAAAUCAUCCCUGGAACUAUAAAAAGUACCUACCCACACUUUGGUAGUCCUUAAAGCCAUGGUGGUUUUUAAUAGUAGAGAGCGUUUCUUUACAUUCAUACACUGAACAUCUUACCAAUGUGUUCUUGUGCAAUCAUUCAUGACAGUUUUGUUCCAAAUGUUAUAACAUAAUUUGUACAUGCCUGUAAAUAAAUAUUUUCUCUGAUUAAUGCA